UGAUGGGAAGGCAUUGGCCGGGCCCUGCACUCUAUCAGUAGCUGCUGCUGCUUGCUCCAGGGGCGGGAUAUUCUGUGGCCACCGGGUCUUGCGGGAGUGGACGCCGGGGCUGGGCGGCUCCCGCUUUCCUCAGCUGUGACUUCUUUUGGACAACUCAUGAUAUUUAUUAUUGUGCCAACUUUGUACAAAUAAAAGAUGGGUGGACUGCUUUCCCGAUGGAGGGCAAAGCCUUCAACAGUCGAAGUUCUAGAAAAUAUAGAUAAGGAAAUUGAAGCAUUGGAAGAAUUUAGAGAAAAAAAUCAGAGAUUGCAAAAAUUAUGGGUUGGAAGAUUAAUUAUCUAUUCUUCAGUUCUUUAUUUGUUUACAUGUUUAAUCGUGUACCUGUGGUAUCUUCCUGAUGAAUUUACAGCAAGACUCGCCAUGACACUUCCAUUCUUUGCUUUUCCUUUUAUCAUCUGGACCAUAAGAACUGUGCUUAUUUUCUUCUUUUCCAAGAGAACAGAGAGAAAUAACGAAGCCUUGGAUGAUUUAAAAUCCCAGAAGAAAAAGAUACUUGAAGAAGUCAUGGAAAAAGAAACUUAUAAGACAGCUAAGUUAAUUCUCGAAAGGUUUGAUCCAGAAUCAAAGAAAGCAAAGGAGUUUGAGCCGCCAUCUGCUGGAGCAGCUGUAACCGCAAAACCAGGACAAGAGAUUCGUCAGCGAACUGCAGCUCAGAGAAACCUUUCCCCAGCACCAGCAAGCUCUAAUCAGGGCCCUCCUCCACAAGUUCCAGUCACUCCUGGGCCGUCAAAGGAUGUGUCGGCUCCUGGGGGACCUCCAGAAAGGACUAUUGCUCCAGCCUUACCCAGGCGCCUUGGAUCCCCUGCUACUUCAGUGCCUGGAAUGGGCCUUCAUCCUCCAGGUCCACCCUUAGCAAGACCCAUUCUCCCCCGAGAACGAGGCGCUCUGGAUAGAGUUGUUGAAUAUUUAGUUGGUGAUGGUCCACAGAACAGGUAUGCUCUCAUAUGUCAGCAGUGUUUUUCUCACAAUGGCAUGGCUUUGAAAGAAGAAUUCGAGUACAUUGCUUUUCGAUGUGCCUACUGUUUUUUCUUGAAUCCUGCAAGAAAAACCAGACCUCAAGCUCCACGACUUCCAGAGUUUAGCUUUGAAAAGAGGCAGGCAGUGGAAGGCUCAAGCUCAGCUGGUCCCGUGUCAUCAGAAAGUGUACCCUCAACACAGAGCCAGUUCAGUGAAGAAUCUUUAGAAGAACAAGAUGUUCUUGAUAAUAGUGCAGAGCAGAGAGAUGAGAAAAUACCAGUGGCAGAGCAGACAAGCCCAGUGAGUGACGAAGCAUCAGGUUCAGAGGGAGCAGAGGAACAACAAGAAGAGACUGAGACCGAGGAAACGCCAACAGAUGAAGCCAAGUCACCCAUGCUCAGUGAUGAUUCUGUUUCUAAUCUUGAACCAAGUGGAGAACCUUUGGUGACACACUAGUAAAUAAUUCCAUGUGCCUUCAACUGGAUGUUUGUAGUCUUGUUGAUGUCAGUUAUUGCUUUUUAUUGUGGUACUCAAAAAUUUGCCUUUUAGAUAUAUGCUUAAUAUUAUUCAAAUUUAGAUUGCCUAGUGAGCUCAGUGUGUUCAAGUCCUGACUGCUGGGCAUUGAAUGUAAAAGCGCGUGGUGUCAGUGAGUGUGCAGAGACCCACGAAGCUAUUAGGUACUUUAUGCAUUCUAAAGUUUAAACAAAAAAGCAUUUUUGUUUUCUACAUCUGUAACUUGUAAGUAAUACCCAUUUUGACAUAGGAAUUUUGGCUAGGAAUAAUUUCUUUAAUAGCGUGAAACAUAAUUAGGAUUUUGACUAUUUCAUCAUUAAAUUUUAACUCCUGAGAUAUUUGCCAGUGGGGAAGGAAAUAUCUGUUUAGGUGUUUACAUUAAGUGACACUGAAAGCUGUAACCCUGAUUACAUAGGCAUUGGUACGAACUCUCAGUAAGAGGCAGCCAACAGUCAAGGGCAGGGCUUCUUUUGAUGUCUUCUCCUUUGCAGCUGGGCCAAAGGCACAUGAUGUAUAUAGUUAGUUUAUGUUUACAUGUUAACAGAUAGGAACUGCGUCUGCACUUGGCUGUACUUGAAUUCUUGGUAUUAUUUAUAUUUGUAAAAUAAUGAUGAUAUAUAUAAAUGAAUUUUUUUCAUGUGUGUGUUUUGUUAAGGAAAAUAAAGCUGACCUGGCAAUGGUUUUUCUUUGUUAAA